AUGGGCAAAAAAAAAAUAUCACCCUCUAUGCGAGUGUGUUCGCGACAUUUGACUCAAGAUUACUACAUUCCUUCUGUUAGUAAACAGCAUUAUUCGAGAAAAACAGCUGUUUCUUCAAUGAACCCACCACGAUGCAGUGUCGACAACUCUCAAAAGCAUAAUCAUGUUCUAUCAGCGCAACGGGAACAAAGGCGAAUAAAGAGAUCAUUUUCAAAAAAUGAAAAGAUUAGAAUUAAUGAACAAAAAACUACAAUGGAACCUAAUUACUUCAAUACUGAUGAUAACUCUCAAGAAGAGCGAGUUUUGGAUGAUCAGAUUUAUCAAAGACAUGAAGAUGAAAGUCAAAAUAAAAAUUGUGAACUUGAAGAGGACUCCAAUCUUCAAAAUGAUCAAGUUUCUGGAAACGAAGUAGAGUUAUGUGCGAAAACUAUGACUGAAUCUAUUAUUAAACAAUUCAAAGACGUGGUCACACAAGUUCAAACAGGUCGUUUCAUUCUUAAAUUUACCAACUUUAUCACCUCUGACAGUGAACUGAACAUAAUCAUCAUGACUUUCAUGAAGUUGAAGCAGAAUAUGUCAUAUGCACUUUUGGCUAUUUUAUUUAGAUCAUACACACCUGAAACUUGUGGAGAAAAAUUUUUCCAAAUGAUUGAUUUGUUAUAUACUCGUUUAAAGCCAGGAAUUUAUAGGCUUGAAAAAGAAAAUAUUCUAAAGAAUAUUCCUUUUGAUUUCAUCGGGUUUGAAAAUGUUUGCGCGGUUAUUGAUUGCACUAAAAUUUCAAUUCAAAGACCAAAGCCUUUGUGUUGCCAAGUGGUAACUUAUUCGCGAUAUAAAAGUUGUUACACGGUCAAAUUUAUGACUCCUGUCACACCUUCUGGUUUGAAUCCUUCUAUUAGCAAACCUUUUGGUGGACGAGCUUCUGACAAUGCAAUCUUUGAACAGAGUGAGAUCAUUGAGAAGUUUGAUAAAAACGAUGAUGUUAUGACUGGUCGAGGCUUGACUGUCGAUGAUUAUUAUCAAAAAAAUGAUGUGAAAUUAAUUUCACCAGCUUUGUUGAAGAACCGAAAACAGUUUCCGAAAGUGGAAGCAAUAAAUGGACGCCGAAUUGCCAAAGCUCGUGUGCACGUCGAGCGAUGUGAUCAGCGUAUAAAAAGUUUUGGAAUUUCAUUAUCAAAAAUGCCGAUUGGACUCCUUUAUAAAGUUGAAAAAAUUUUCACUAUCAUUUGUGCAAUUGCCAACUUGAGCCAGCCUAUUUUAAGAGAUGAAAAAUUUAUGGAAAAUCAUAAGAAUGUUACUGAGGAUUUACAUAAUGUUAUUAGUGAUUUAAAUAAUUUUUAA